CGCUACAGCUACGCCUCUCGCUCUCCGUGCCGUGGAUGUUGUCCUAGGCUUCACGGCUCCGUUCAGUCAGCUGAUUCAUCCUUCCUGCCGCUCUUGCUCGCUCUCGGGGAAACAUCUGAUUCAUCCGCGCUCUUCGUUUGGGGCUUCGGGCUGCACUUCGCUUUGUUGUGACACUUGCUGGCCGCUGCCGAAGUGCCGUUUUUGACAGCUGCAGUAGGUUGCAUUUACCGUUCGGCCUGCAUGUUGCAAUUAAAUAACGAAUCAAAAUACAGUUAAAGUGUGUGCCAUGAGCAAGAGAAAGCGAAAAAAUGCUAAACGUGAUGGGAAAUUGCCAAAACUAAGGACUAAUCGGUUGAAUUUCGGGCCAUUAGACGGCAGCGGAAUGUGUGUGGUGUUGCAGCGGAAAUAGAAACCCUCACGAACAUGAGGCAUUAGCAAAAGGCAGCACAAAAACACAAAAAACCGAAAUCAUUCAACAAUCAAAUAUACAAAAAAGAGAGAAAUUUAAGUUACGCCGCGCCCCGUUAGUGUACAAAGAAAGCAGCAUUAAAUUGAAGGAGAAAGAGGGCGAAGGAAGAGCGCCAACAAAAGCGCGGAUUUAUAUAGCAAAUUGCACCGGAAAGGAGACCACCCACAACGCUCUCGCUCUCCCUCUCUCUCUCUCUCUCUUUCUCCCUCUGACUGCUGCCAGAGCAUCGAAAGCCGAAGCUCUAUACUCGAAAAUCGAGAAGCAUGGGAAACUCCCAGAACCGUGCCACAACUGGCGAUGAAAAGUCGCCGCCAGGUGGCAGUCUAGCCCGUCUGGGAAUCGCCAGCAGCGAAUCAUCGCCCCUGGGUUUGGCUAGCGGCGCUAUGGUGGAGCGUGGUCGAGUGCAUGUUUUGGGUCGUCUGAUGGGACAGAAACGCAUUCGGGAGACAUUCUUCAACCCGAAAACGGAACAAGGAACACCUAGAGCCAGCAGUGGCGUUGGAAAAGGAGUUACGGUGGGGGAUAGGACCACAGCAGCAGCAGCAGCGGCAGCGGCAGCGGCAGUGGCAGUGGAGCAUGGACAAUUGGAUGCCAGCGCAGAACAAAUAGAUUUUCUGCCCACCAAGCCGCUGCGACUCAAAAAGAAACAAAAAGAAAAACAACAACAGCAGCAGCAGCAGCAGCGGGAGCAACAGGAACAGCAACAGCAACAACAACUCUGCAGCAUCGCACAGCUCUGCCAGCUUUCCGCAAAGCUUAAUCAGAGUCCAACCGAGCGGGACGAGGGGGAAGAUCUGGCACAGGAAAGCGCAGCGAUUCUGCCAGACCAAAUGCAGCCACCCACCACCCAACAGCCGCGCAAGCGUCGUACGGCCCCGCAGCCGCCACCAAAACCGAUGAGAAAAGUCAAAUACGAUAUUGAUGAUCGUUCUAGUGGAGCUUUCAUUGAAGAGCUUUUGGUCGAAACAAUCGAGACAGCAAUAGAAACAAAAGCUUUGAAAGCACCGCCAGAAUCAACGAAAGCUUUAGAAAUUUCAACACAAAACGUUGGCGAAGCUGCAGAUCCAGUCGACGCUUUGCUUGUGACCAAGGAUUCUCUACGCGCAACUAAAUCGGAGGCAACAGUUCUGCCGAAACGGGAUCGUCCCUUGAGCGAGAUCAGUGUUACCUCGGUGGACACGCUCUCGCCGAGCACGGCCAAGGCAGUGCUUGAGCUCCAGCGACGCUGUCGAGCGGACAAAUUGGCAUGCCUGAGCUUUUCGCCCACAUCGUACCACUAUAUAGCCAAUGAUCGGAGGGAGUUGGAGGACGCGGAGGAGCGGAAUCCAGCGGGAUCCGAAGAGCUGGUAGUGUCAGAGGGUUCCCCCGACGAACUAAUGGCCCUGCAGCUGGGCAAGAAGCUGGCCCAGGUGCUGGGCAGCACCGGUACCCCACCGCCGCCAACAGGUGGCAUUACGGAGGGCGGUACGCCAGGAAUCACCCGAGUGGACUCCCCCUUGAGCAAUGGGGAACUCUUCAAUGUGUCCAAGUCGAAGAGGGUGGAGCUCCAGAAUCUAUCAUCGCGCUUCACAGCUGCCGCUUAUCCAACGCCGCCGCCUCCUGCAGGCGGCACACAGGAUUCAGGAGCAUCAGCAUCAGCAUCAGUGGCAUCAGCAGCUCAAACAGCGGGCUCCUCCACCGCUCCACAGGCGUCUGCUCCAGCAACAACACCAUCGUCGCCGUCAUCCACGCUGGAAACGCAAUCAACUGUUAUAAUUUCGUUUAAAUCAUCUCAAACACCUGUGCAGUCUCAAACGAUGACUGCGAUUCAGACCCCAACCCCGACAGCGACUGCCACAGCAACUGCCACAGCGACUGCCACAGCGACUGCUACACCCAUUCCGUCUGACAAUGUGGAGGAUGACAUGGCAGCCCUGCCCUUGCCGCCGCUGCCGCCGCCCCCUGGAUUUGGUACGCCCACAACGCCGCUGCUCACGAGCAAUGUGCUUAAGAAGGUCGCCAGCUUCACGGUCGAGAAGUCCGCGGCGGGCAAUAGCUCCUCGAAUACGCUGCCACUGAUGGAGGCGGAGACAACGCUCUUGGCCACGCCGACAUCGUCGCUGUUGGCAACCCUGCCAGAGAUGGCAGGUGCCGCCGUCACAGGGGCAGGUGGAGGCACUGGUUCGCGUCGCGGCUCAUCUUAUGUACCGGAAAAGUUAAGCUUCGCUGCAUAUGAAAAGUUCGAAGGUCAAAUGCUGAUGAAAUGGCUGAUAUCCACGCUGCAGGGCAACCCCAAGACGACGGCUGCCUUGGAGCUGCAGGAACAAUUCAAUGCGAUGGCCCUGCAAUUCUGCAAUAAUCUCAAAUACGUCGGCGUCCUCAAGCAGAUUUCCAAUGACGGCCAGCUGGACGGCCACUCCACGGCGGGCUUCAGUCCGUACGAGAUGUACCAGUGGACACACACGGAGCAGCCGACGACAUCGCUGCCGCUCACACCCGGCAAACUCGACAAGGUGGCCUCCUGGCCAUUCUCAAGCACACCGGCGGGCAUCAGGACCUUGGAGGCGUCAUCGUUGGCAACAGCGACAGCCGCAGUGGCUGGAGGAGCGGCAGGGGCAGCGGAUGCGACAACACCCACUGUCACCGAAAACCAGAAGACACUGCAGCAGAUCCUCAAGAAGCGACUCCUCAACUGCUCCACGCUGGCCGACGUGCAUGCGGUGGUCAACGAGCUGCUCAGCAGCGUGGAUGAGCCGCCCCGCCGUCCCUCCAGGAGGUGUACCAAUCUCACGGAGCUGCUCAACGCCAGCGAGUCGACCAUUUACGAGUACAACAAGCCGCAGGAGGGCAGGAGCUAUGCAGAUGGCGAGACGCAGACGGAGGGCGACUGCCAAGGCUCCUGUCGCUGUGGUGGAGCAUCCUUGAAGGGCGGCGAAGAGGCCGGAGAGCAAAGUGCCGAAUCGGCUGGGACGCCUGCCCCACCGCCAGCACCAGCGCUUGUUAUUCCGCCGCCCCCUCCUCCACCUCCUCCGCCGCCUCCUUUUGCUGGUGCUCCGCCUCCCCCGGCUGCCCCACCACCGCCGCCGCCGCCUCCUUUUGCUGGUGCUCCGCCUCCCCCGGCUGCCCCACCACCGCCGCCGCCGCCACCCAUGCCUGGAAGUGGUGCACCUCCACCCCCGCCGCCGCCCAUGCCUGGCAGUGGUGCACCGCCGCCCCCGCCUCCGCCAGGAUUUGGAGGACCUCCCCCGCCACCAGGAAGUGGUGGAGGCCCGCCUCCACCGCCCCCGUCUAUGAUCUCACCCGCACCGCUGCCCGAUCCCUCCGAGGGAGAUUGGUUCAAUCGCACAAACACGCUUCGUAAAAGUGCAGUUAACCCGCCAAAGCCCAUGCGUCCCCUAUAUUGGACGCGGAUUGUGACAAUAUCACUGCCGCCAGUGCCGCGUCCCUCCUCGGUGGCCAACUCCACGGACAGUGCGGACAAUGUGGACAAUGUGGAGAACAGCGGCAGCUCCCCGGAUGAACUGCCCUCGACGAGCGCCAGCAGUGGGGCAUCAACGCCACGUAGCGGCGACAAUGCAGCAGCAGCCCCAGUUGUGCCCCAGCCCCCGCCGCCCAUAAAGGAGAUUUGGACAGAGAUUGAGGAGACGCCGCUGGACAACAUUGAGGAGUUCACCGAGCUCUUCUCGCGACAGGCCGUUGUGCCGGUGAACAAGCCCAAGGAGGUGAAGAUGAAGCGAGCCAAGUCCAUCAAGGUGCUGGAGCCGGAGCGCUCCAGGAAGGUGGGGAUCAUCUCACGCAGCCUGCACGUGCCCUCCAGCGAGAUCGAGCAUGCCAUCUACAACCUGGACACAUCGGUGGUGAGCCUCGAGGCGUUGCAGCACCUGGGCCACAUCAAGGCCAGCGACGAGGAGCUGUUCAAGAUCAAGGAUGCGGCUGGCGGGGAAAUACCUCUGGAUACACCCGAGCAGUUCCUGCUGGACAUAUCUCUCAUCUCGAUGGCCAGCGAGCGGAUCUCGUGCAUUAUCUUCCAGGCCGAGUUCGAGGAGUCGCUGUCGCAGCAGAUGCGCAAGCUGGAGACCAUCCAGCAGCUGUCGCAGGAGCUGAUCGACAGCGAGGACCUCAAGCUGGUAUUCUCCAUUAUCCUGACGCUGGGCAACUACAUGAACGGGGGCAAUCGGCAGCGCGGCCAGGCGGACGGCUUCAAUCUGGAUAUACUUGGGAAACUGAAGGACGUCAAGUCCAAGGAGCGACAUACCACACUCCUGCACUUCAUAGUGCGCACCUACAUUGCCCAGCGGCGGAAGGAGGGUGUCCAUCCCCUGGAAAUUCGUCUACCCAUACCCGAGCCAGCGGAUGUGGAGCGUGCGGCACAGAUCAAGUUUGAAGAUGUGGAGAUGCAUAUCAACGAGCUGAAAAAGAAGUUUUUGGUUUUCAAGAGGACCAAGGCCAAGGUACUGGCUGCCUGCAGUGAAGACAUUGUGGAGCCCUUCAAGUCCAAAAUGGAGGAAUUCACGGAGAGUGCCGACAUGUCGAUGGCCAAGUUGGAUCGCAUGCUGAACGAUGGCCGGGAACUGUUUUUGGAGACAAUGCGCUUCUAUCAUUACACGCCGGAGACUCAAACCCUGGGAGAUUGCACGCCCGACCAGUUCUUCGAGUGCUGGACACUUUUCACAAACGACUUUAAGGACAUUUGGCGCAAGGAGAUCGAGAAUCUUAUAAAUGAAUUGAAAAAGAAAUCCAAGCAGGUGCAGGUCGAGUCGCGUCGCAAUGUCUCCACGAAGGUGGAAAAGUCCGGCCGGCUAUCGCUCAAGGAGCGAAUGGUGAUGCGACGCGGCAAAAACUAGUUUUACCUGCGCUUCAGAUACUAUUGCUAAGCAAAGUUCUCGUUUAAUGGCAACAUUCUUCACUAAUUGUAAAGUGAUAUUUUAAUAUUAAACUAAACUAAAGAUAAAUUAUACAAAAGCACUCGUUCAA